AUGGCCACUGCUCCCACUGCUGCCACCGCUGAUCCUCGUCUUGUCUCUGGUCCUCCACCGACGUCUUCUUCCUCGCAGCACGCAGAAGCUCAAGUUGAACCUCAAGGACAUUCUUUGACCUCGAUCCCGACCUCCACCUCGGCACACGACUCGUCGCAGAACCGACCAGACGAGCUCCCGUCGAUCCCUCCCCCCGUCCUCUCGGCGCCCUCGUCACCAAGAUCCGCCUCGGUUGUCUCGUCCGGCGAAGGCGCCUCACCCGCGUCACCUUCUUCGCCAACGACACGCCCAACACGCGGUGCGUCUACGUCCUCGUCCACCGGCUCUAUUGGACGCUCCGGCCUCUUCAACCGCAGCUUGUCAGGCAUCCGGCGAAAGGCCACUCAAGACCGUUUGGAUGAGAUUCUGGAGGCAGCCCCAUCUGCCACGUCACCCGACCGCAACCGACGCGCCACCUUCCGCAUGGAACCGCUCCUCCGCAACCAGUCCGCACCGGGCGCGUUUGCCGGCAUUGCCGAGCAGUACGAGAGCGAGAGCGCCGACGAGACAACGCGCAUCAACCGGCGAGGCAGCCACGGCCUAAACUACCAGACGACGUCGGAGCCCGCGUCGCGGUCUUCCCACUCUGGCCCACGGGCGCGGAAACCAGGAGGGAACGAGAGCGGCCAGGGGGGCCAGGGGAGCCAGGGUGAUGGCAGUGGCGGUGGGGUGCCAAGAGGAGGAUCGCGCGCGGCGUCGGUGCGGAGCAGAAGCAGAACCACCAGCGCCGGCGCACCACCACCACCUCCGCCAAGCAGCCGCUGGACGGACUUUUGGGCCGGCUUCCAGUCCGUCGAGCUCGAGAACAAGGGCAGCGUCGCCCGCGACCACUUGGCCCUCGAGCGCACCUUUUUGGCGUGGCUGCGCACGUCGCUCGCCUUUACCUCCAUUGGCAUUGCCGUCACGCAGCUGUUUCGUCUCAACACGUCCACCGAUAGCAACAACAACAACAACAACAACAACAACAGCGGCUUCCACCGGCUGCGCAAUGUCGGCCGUCCGCUGGGCACCGCGUUUUUGGGAAUCAGUGUGCUUAUUCUGUUUUUGGGCUACCACCGCUACUACCAGAGCCAGCAGUGGAUCCUAAAGGGCAAGUUCCCCGCGAGCCGUGGCACCAUCCUGAUUGUGUCGCUGGUCGCCUUUGCGCUCAUGGUGACGUCGCUUGUCGUGGUGGUGGUCGUGCAGCCGACCUAG